UUUUGUUUAGAGAGAGAGAGAGAGAGAGAGAAACAUAGGAUAUGAAUGAAUGAACUCUUUCUUUUCAUCUAUAGUUAUCAUUCAUCUAUCUUCUGUUCCAUUCAUACCCACAUUCCUGUUUCAUGUGAUUUGAGUUCUUCUCUCUAACCCCUUCUUCAAAAUUUUAACUUUUUCUCUUUUGUUAUCUCUAUCUCUGCUGAAGUUAUUACCUUGAACUGUGAAGAAAUGGCUGUGGCCAUGGCUGCUUGGAGUCUUGGACUUCACUUCAUUGCUACUGAUAAUAGCUUGAGAGCUUUGGAAAAAACCAUUUCCAGUGCUCCUGUCUUGAAGGCCUCAUCUGGGUUUGCUCCUUCUAAGCCAUGUUACAUCCUUCACAGAAGUAGAAUGUCAUCUUCUGGAACUACAAUUAUCCCACGUGCAGCACCUGUUACUGAUGUGGAGGAUGGAAAUCAAGGUGAGACUGAUACCAUUCCAACUCCUAUAGUUAUAAUUGACCAAGACUCUGAGCCAGAUGCUACUGUGGUGGAGAUCACUUUUGGUGAUCGGCUUGGGGCUCUUCUUGACACUAUGAAUGCAUUAAAAAACUUAGGUCUCAAUGUUGUCAAGGCAAAUGUCUUUCUGGAUUCCUCUGGCAAGCACAACAAGUUUUCCAUCACAAAAGCUGAUACUGGCAGAAAAGUGGAAGAGCCAGAGUUGUUAGAGGCAAUUCGUUUGACGAUUAUAAAUAAUCUGAUACAAUAUCACCCGGAAUCAAGUUCCCAGUUAGCAAUGGGAGCAGCAUUUGGACUUGUACCCCCAAAAGAGCAGGUUGAUGUGGACAUAGCAACUCAGAUAAACAUUACUGAUGAUGGCCCAGAUCGAAGUUUGCUAUAUGUGGAGACGGCUGAUCGGCCUGGAUUACUGGUUGAUCUUGUAAAGAUUAUUACUGACAUUAACAUUGCUGUUGAAUCUGGAGAAUUUGACACUGAGGGGCUCUUGGCUAAGGCAAAGUUUCAUGUCAGCUACAAGGGUAAAGCUAUCAUCAAGCCUCUCCAGCAGGUUCUUGCUAACAGCUUGAGAUAUUUCUUGAGGCGUCCAACGACUGAGGAAUCCAGUUUUUGAGUGGCAUCUCUUACAACAAAGUGCAGAUCAUUGUAUUUUCUUUUGGAAUAUAACCACCAUCAUGGAAUUGUAGAAUGUUUGCAUUCAUUUUUUCAUUUGGAGGACAAAUGAAGAAUGUGAUUAACCUAUAGCUGGAAUGCAUCUGGAAUGCAUUAAAUCAAAAAAUUGAAUUAACAUGGAUAGGAAAGUUCAAAUGCUUGUGAUUUUUUAUCAUAAUAUUCAUUUCAUACAAAAUACAGUGUUUAUGAUUAGCAUCAUGAAUAAAAGUUUUGGCUACUGCU